GUAAACCGAACCAUAUUGGUGCAUGGUGUCUCUGGCAGUGGUAAGACCUCGCUAAUGGCCGCACUAACCAAAGAAUGCUGGUCGUGGUUCGGAGAAACUGCUGUUAUUAUCACAAGAUUUGUUGGUGCUACACCAGAAAGUUCCCGAGUUGGCACUUUGUUGGCUAGUAUUAUUCGUCAAGUCUGUCAGGCGUAUGGUAAAAGCAUGGAUAUUCCAACGGAAUAUGACAAGUUGUGUGAAGCGUUCAAGCAAAGCAUAAAGUCUGCAACACCAGACAAGAAACUGUUUAUAUUUCUCGACUCGUUUGAGCAACUGGACCCUCUGGAGGAGGCCAUGAACUUUAAAUGGAUCCCCGACCCACUUGGGGACAACGUAAAGAUGGUGAUAUCAACAACGACCGCUGACAGCAUCUUUCCCAAGCUAAAGACAUCGCUCGGCAAGUCGCCUCUAAUAGAAAUUAAAGCCUUCACCCUUGAAGAUGCUACCAAAACGUUCGAGGAAUGGUUUUCAGGGAAACGCACGUUAACCGAUAUACAAAUGAAGAUCAUGAAAACGGCUUUGGACGCUUGUUGUUUGCCUCUGUUUUUGAGAUUGACAUUCGACGAGGUCUACAAAUGGACCAGCUACAUGCCAGUCCGAGAAAGCGUCCUGCAGCAUACGAUAGAGGAAGCCAUUGGAGCCUUUUUUUCGCAUAUAGAACAAACACACGGUCGCAAACUUGUUGCUCAUGCAUUGGGAUAUCUUACGCUUGCGAAAAGAGGACUCAGUGAGUCAGAGCUGGAGGACAUAUUGUCUUGCGUGGAUGAAGUCCUGGACGAGUUGUAUGUCUACUGGGAACCUCCAGUUCGAAGACUUCCACCUUUAAUUCUUGUUCGCCUGCGCAGUGAGCUAGAUCGCUAUAUUGCCCAGAGGGAAGUGGAAGGAACUCCAGUAAUGCUGUGGAAUCACCACCACUUCAGAGAGGUGUCGCAAAAGAGAUAUUGCAGUGACGAAAAUUUCAGACAAGGCAUUUACCAAGGACUCGCAGACUUCUUUGCUGGGACUUGGGCAGGUGACAACAAAAAGCCGUACAAGAAAAAGAAUAAGGAGGGUUCUGUCGAAGAUGUCGCGGCAAAACGUAAGGUGGCAGAACAACCAUUGUUUUUUGACGACAAAUGUAACUUUAGAAAAGUGAACAAUCUUCCUUGGUGUCUCAUAGCUACCGGAGAUUCGGAGAAAUUGGCCUCCGAAUGUUUGUGCAACCUGGAUUUCCUACUGGCCAAGUUGGAACAUGUUGGCAUCAGAUUUCUGCUGGACGAUUUUGUGGAUGCUGUUGAAAAAUUUAAAAAUGAGGAGGAUUUCAAGCAAAUUAAACUGGUGCUCCAGGUGUCGCAGAGAGCGCUGCAGAACGACUCCAAUCAGCUGCCGGCUCAACUAAUCGCACGUCUGCGUUUGUCUGACGGAAAUAAUACGGCAUCAACAAAGCUGAAGGAUCUUCUGGAGAAAUGUCACAAAGCUCCGUUCCCGGUGUUGGUAUCCAGUGACACCCAACUUGAAGUCUCAGAGAUGGGUCUAACGCACUCUCUUCCAGCACACACAUCUCAAGUGGUCGGUUUUGACUUGUCAAAAUCUGGAGAUACAGCCAUAACAUUUUGCUGCGAUGGUCAGUUAAAGGUCUGGGACAUCAGGCGUGGCCAACUUGUGAGGUCUGUUGACGUUCCUCUUGAUGCCUUUGAUCAUAACACACCAAAACCAAACAAGUGCCUCCUUGCCUACAAUGACCAGAUCGUUGUCGUGGUAACAGAAGCUAACCUUUUACUUUAUGACGUUAACACGGGACGUAACGUUGAGACGUUUUCCUUUCAAGAAAACCAUCUGGAUGACCCAGCCGUGUGUGUUGGUGGGGAUGCACAGGGCAACGAACUAGUCAGCAAUGCGUAUAUUGGUGUCUUCAGCAAUUCUGUUUGGAAUCUCUACAAUGCAAAAACACUCAAGAAGUCUCAAAACAGAGAUAUAGGCAGUCUAGAAAGAGGACGUUUGGGACUUGAAUCCCUGUGCGCAGGAAGUUCCAGAUUUAUGGCAGUAACAGAUGAAGCUCACUUUUAUUUGAGAUCAUUUUCCAUCAGGGAUAAGCUUGCUCGAACGCGGCGUGUAUUUCCAAUCUUCAACAUUCCAAACAACCCAGAUGCUCUCGGCUAUCAGAUACAGUGUAUGACAUUCACAUCAGAUGGGAUGACUAUCAUUGUGGCCAACAUGCACGAAAACGAAAUUCUGUUUCUGGAUGCUGAAAAUCUGGAGGAGAAAAGACGUUUCAGAGGUUAUGCUGAUGAUUCCCCGACCGCAUAUUGUGUUACUGGAGAUGGCAGAUAUGUCCUCUUCCCGUCUAAGCAGAAUGUCGUUGUGAGGGGUCUAAAUGAUGAGAACUAUAGAAGAAGUAUUGCAAAACAUUCAAACAAUGUCGUGUUUGCUGCCACGUCAGAUUUCAAUCUGUUGGUUACUUUGGGCGAGGACGGUGUUCUGAGACUAUGGAAUGACUUGGAUCUGAAGGAGAAAGCAUGGACUGAAGCAGAAGCGGUGAAAGAAGGGACCCAAAUAAGGCACAUGGAACUGUUUAGAACCACAUCAAGAUAUGCCAUAUGUGUGGAGGUGUCUCCUACCACAAGACAUCUUUCAGUGUAUAAUCUUUACAGCGGGCGGGUUGUUCGUCGAGCCACACUGGGUCCAUCGAUGAUAAACAUUGAAGUGACUGUUUUACAUGAAGAUGACGACAACGUGACAGCUGUAGUAAAGCGGUCGUGUGGUCACCUGUGUGAGGUUGACCUCCACGCAAUGAAGGUUACCAAAGAACUGAAUAUCAAAGUACCAAAAUCUGAAGAUGAAAAUGGGAAAACGUUUAGUAUUUUGACAAUAGAACAGGAACAACAUCUAAUUGCAUUACACUAUUCUGAACUCAGAAUUGACUGUCUUGAAGUUUCCACUGGGAAAAAGAGCAACUUAUUCACUUCAGAUUGUGAAGCAAUAGAUAAUUUUAUGGUAUGUGAAAGUCAACUCCUUUUGGUCGCAGAGGUAGAACAGGUGUUUACUAUUGUGGACAUCGUGAAGAAGACAGUAAAGCACACCAUUUCCCCCGACUCUUUCACGGAUGAUGUCGAUCUACUUGGUAUUUCUGCAGAUGGCAAGUGUUUGGUAUUUUCUGGAACCAAUGAUGGGAAUCUGAGAUGCUGGAACAUCGUCAGAGACGAACCAUUUCCUGAAUUAGAUAUUUACAACGAUGAUGCCAAUAAAGAACAAACAAAUGAUGUCGAGGUGGAACAUGUUUCCUUUCUGGACAAAGAAACUGUAGUCUGUAGUUUUGGAAGUGGAACUGUUAGGAUCUGCACUUUACCAACAGGAAAAACUAAGGAAUUAACAGCAGGUCAUGUAGGCGAGGUGACAUUUUCCACCAAAGAGCGAUCAGACAUGUUUCUUUCAUAUGGGAGUGAUGCACAAGAUAAAACUAUGGUGUUGUGGAGCAAGAAUGGAACAGAAUAUAAAAGGGUUGCAAGCUAUACAUCAGACUAUCCACUAGAACACGUGGUGCUGAGUCGAGAUGGUACAUUCGUGAUCAGCUGCACAGUAAAGCCCGCAAAUGUAGUCACCUGGCACAUUGAAGGCAAACGUGAAUACAGGUCUUCCCAAUUGCAUGAGACCAACGAAAGAGAGUUAUUCCGAGGAACAGAUUUGACCCUCACCCUGGACCUGACGUGUGACAAGGACAAUGAUGUAGGAUCCAUAGAUUUCCUUGGCGAUGAUGAUGAUCGCAAUCGACUGGUGAAGACACCGGAUUCCUUGGACUAAUUGAAAUCUCUUUAGAAGAAUAUGAAAUGUCUUGACUUGGAGCUUUGUCCUGCAGUCUGCACUUCGUCAGUGAUGAUGAUGAUACGUUCCGGAGUCUUGGCAGUUUGUUCCUUAUGAUACAUUUGUUUCGGGAAUAGUGAUAUAUGUAAGUACUCAUAUCACUAAUACCUGGCUAUGGGAAAAAUUACAAAACAAGAACAAAAUUACGGCAAAGUUAACAUAGAAGGAGGUUUCUGCCCAUUUUCAACUUCUGUCCCGAGUCAUGCCCCUGGCUAUCCAGAGACAGGACCCGGGAUAAACAUGCUCGAAACCUUAGUGAUCCUUCUUCUUCUUCAAGGUGACUGUGACGUUUGCUGAGAAUUCUGCUGCUCAAACGUAAAUCCCUUUUAGUAAAAAGUAUUUCACAAUAAUAAUGAAAAAUGUAUUGAUUUAUGAGUGAUUGCCGUCACAACUUUCUAUUUAUCUAUUGAAUUGUCUUGUAAAGGUGGGGUAUGUGACACUAGACUUGAUAGUGGCAGUCCUCCUAAAGACGAAUAUGGAAGGAUGUAUCGUCUUGGAAAAUGACAGUCUUCCUAUAGUUGAAUCACUCAAAAGUAAUGAUGGAGUAGUCAAUGAACAUAUUCGACCAUUCCUGGAAAAAGGUUACAAAAAACUAAAAACCUGUAUAGCCAGCAAUUUAUGAUCAGAAGUUUAAAAAAUAUAUACAAUGUUAUAUUUUUAAAAUACGUUUUUCACCUACUCCCGAAAAAAAAUCAGUUAAAAGUUGAUUGAUUCACGGAAAAAAAUAAUGGCUUAUAUGUUGUAAAGUGCCUAAAAUGCCACUUGUGGCAUACUGCUUUUCUAUAUUAUAAUGUUUUAAUAAAUGCCAUUUAUUGCA